AUGAAGGUCUACAAAUGCAUUUUCACAGGAGACGAGGUCAUGUCUGACUCUUACAGACAAUCCUCUCCAUUUGGAAAGGCGGAGUUUGACGAAAUUGCAUUUGAGGUACAAAGUAAGAGAGUCCAAAAGUCUGCUGAAGAUUUUGGAAUUGCCCAUAACACUGAAGAGGGAGAAGCUGAGGUUGUUGAUGCUGAUGUUGAGACGGUAAAUGACAUCAUUGAUGCAUUCAAAUUAGAGUCAACCCCAUUCACUAAGAAGGAGUACAUGGUUUACAUCAAGGCUUAUUUGGCAAGAAUCAAGGAAAGUAUGGAAAAAUCAAACCCUGAGAGAGUUGAGACUUUCAUGAAGAAUGCUCAAGCUUUUGUCAAAUACUUAUUAGAGAGAUUUGAUGACUUGGAGUUUUACUUGGGCCCAUCCCUCGAUUGCGAAGGAAUAGUUGUUUAUGGUUACUAUGAAGAUGGCGAUCUUGCCCCCAGAUUUAUUUACUUCAAGGACGCUUUGAAUGAAGAAAGAUACUAA